GUUGAAGAUUUUGAAUAUCAGUUCUCUACCUUCACUUUUGAAAGUCUUAAACCCAUUUUCAUUUCCUCGAACCUCUCUCUCUCUCUCUUCCUACCUAAUACCUACAUAGUCUCACCAAGUUUUCCAAGCUUUCUCAAGUAUAUAUAUAUUAAUACAAGGACCAUAGCUGCAAAACCAGAACAAGUUUGGAUUUGUUUCAACAAUGGCAAUCAUGAAAGUUAUAUGGAAAGCGAUCUUCCCAGGUUGUUACAAGGGUGGUUAUCCCUCAACCAAGCCCAAGAAAGUGGUGGCCACAAAGCCACCAAGUUCAUCUCACAGCAGGAUUUCUGUAACUGAUUUGAGCAACCCUGGAAGCACCACUUUUACAGAGGAUCUCUCAAUUUCUCUAGCAGGAACUAACAUUCAUGCUUUCACUGUGGCUGAGCUCAAAGUUAUCACACAGCACUUUUCUUCUAGCAAUUUCCUAGGAGAAGGUGGAUUUGGACCAGUGCAUAAGGGUUUCAUUGAUGACAAGCUUAGGCCUGGUCUCAUCAAGGCUCAACCAGUUGCUGUAAAGCUCUUGGACUUGGAUGGCAAACAAGGCCAUAAAGAGUGGCUGGCUGAAGUUGUUUUUCUGGGGCAAUUCAGGCAUCCACACCUUGUGAAGCUAAUUGGAUACUGCAUUGAAGAUGAACACAGGCUUCUAGUGUAUGAGUAUUUGCCAAGAGGGAGCUUAGAGAAUCAAUUAUUUAGAAGAUACUCAGCAUCUCUGCCUUGGUCAACAAGAAUGAAAAUUGCUGUUGGAGCUGCAAAGGGUCUAGCUUUUCUUCAUGAUGCAGAGAAACCAGUCAUCUACAGAGAUUUCAAAGCUUCCAACAUCUUGUUAGACUCUGAUUUCAAUGCAAAACUAUCAGAUUUUGGGUUGGCAAAAGAUGGUCCAGAAGGAGAUGACACCCACGUUUCAACCAGGGUCAUGGGCACCCAAGGCUAUUGUGCCCCAGAAUAUGUCAUGACAGGUCAUUUGACAGCAAUGAGUGACGUGUAUAGCUUCGGAGUAGUGCUGUUGGAGCUGUUAACAGGAAGAAGGUCAGUGGACAAGAACCGUCCUGCAAGGGAGCAGAACCUUGUGGAUUGGGCAAGGCCCAUGUUGCAUGAUUCAAGGAAGCUUAGCAGGAUCAUGGACCCUAGGCUUGAAGGGCAAUACUCUGAGAUGGGAGCUAAAAAAGCAGCAGCACUGGCUUAUGACUGCCUCAGCCAUAGGCCCAAGAGUAGGCCCACAAUGAGCACAGUGGUUAAGGCUCUUGAACCCCUUCAGGAUUUUGAUGACAUUCCAAUGGGACCCUUUGUGUACACAGUUCCAGCUGAUAAAAGUGAAGUGCUUAAAGAAGGGAAGGAUUUUGAAUCACCUAGGGACAGGAAGAGGAGUCCCCAUCCAAACAGAGGACAUAGGCCUCAUCCACUUAAAUCCCCAAAGUCAUCACCAAAGCCAUCACCAAGGCCAUCACCAAGGCCACAGUCACAAACUGAUAGACAUAGAAAUGGGAGAGGAAGUGGAUCAAAUUCUCCUCCUGAUCAUCAGAAAGGCAAGGAAAGGUAGAACAUGUUUGGAAAUCUUUCUGUAAUUGAUUCGAAAGUCAAGAUCAAUGCAGGGGAGAAACUUCGCUGAAUAGCUUCUAAGUGUACCAGAAUUGAUUAUGAGGAAAAGAACGGCUGCUGAUAAGUUUGAUAGGACACAUACAUAGUACUGUACAUAGAUAUUUGCUAUAAAAUGCAUGGUUUUUUUAUUUAGUGUACCAACUACUAGCUAGCCUAGGUGAGUGGAAUGAGGCUUGAGCCAUCAAGCAAAAGGAAAAAACAGACAGAGACAAAAGAAAAAGGAGGGUAGGCGUGCAAGUGUGAUGGUCCUCUUUUGUUUUAUUUUUGUUUUUGGAUACUCUUCAAUUGAAGAAGGAGGUUAAUUUUUAGUAUAAUUUGUGUAUACAUACGAUUAUAGAUUUUGCUUGUUGAUGAAUUACAA